AUGCCGAUUUCUCUUCUGAUAUCGCCCAAUCUUACAACUAUUGCGCUUCUUGUUGGGGCUGUGACCACAUUUUCCUAUACCGUGUCACGGUUCCUCCAUGCCCGACUGUCAUGUCGCCAUUUACCCCAACCGCCGCAUAGCUUCUGGUUUGGCCACCUACUCGAGGCUGACAAGAUCAACCGGGCCUACCCUACAAAUGCGUAUAUUCACCAUAUGUUAAUCUCUCUCUCGCGUAAAUAUGAUUUGCCGGAGCUCUACUACCUGGACCUCUGGCCAUUUGCGAAUCCCAUGGUGGUCCUAUGUAAGCCCGAGCUGGCUGCGCAAGUCACCACGGAGCAAGCAUUUCCCAAGGACCCCGCCGUGGGCCAGUACCUCAGCCCCUUUUUGGGGAAAAGUUCGAUCAUAUCCGUAAACGGACCGAAAUGGAAAGGCCUGCAUUCUACCUUCGUGCCAGCCUUUGCGCCAGCCUAUAUCCGCACGUUAGCGGAUGGGAUGCUCGACGAGGUCCUGAUCUACCAUGAUAACCUGGCCAAGUUUGCAAAAUCGCAGGAGUCCUUUGCGAUGGCGCAUCUGAGCGUCGACCUGACAUUCAAUGUGAUCGGGCGCGCCGUGUUCAACAGCCCAUUCCGCAGCGAGGAUGGAAAGAAACUCGUCAGGAAUUUUAAGAACGGUUUGGACUUUGCGUUCGAUGGCAUGGUGCCCAAGUGGAUCCUGGUGUGGAAAGUCAAUCGGUAUAUUGAGAAGAGGGUUAUCAUGCGUUUCGCCGAGAUGAAAAGGGAAGAAGCGUCGUCCGUCAAGAAGUCAAGGUCGAUUAUGGAUUUGGUUCUUCGCCAGAAACUGGAUAAUCCAACGGGCAUCGCUGGUGAUAGCGACUUUAUGGAGAUGGCUGUUUCGAACAUCAAAACGUUUUUGGCCGCUGGGCAUGAAACCACAGCUCAUACCCUUGGGUAUAUUUUUAUGGUGCUCUCCAAAAAUCCUGAAGUAUUGAAGAAGGCUCGUGAAGAGCACGAUUCUGUGUUUAGCCCAGAUCUCAACCGCACUGUUGAGAUGAUUAGAGCAAACCCGGAGAAACUCAACGAUCUUCACUACACAACCGCCAUCAUUAAAGAAACAUUGAGGUUAUUCCCUAUUGGCAGCGUCGCCCGGGCAAAGGGUGAUGAAAGCAUGAAUAUCAUGUAUCAGGGCAAACCGCUCCAAAUCACGGACCAGUUGAUAAUGAUAUGUAUCUUGGCAAUGCACUACGAUUCGGAAUCAUUCCCUUCGCCCUGUGAGUUCCAACCGGAACGUUUCCUCACACAGACAAUCCCAAAAGACGCUUGGCGACCCUUCGAACGCGGUGCGCGGGGCUGCAUCGGCCAGGAGCUAGCCAUGAUGGAGAUGCGGAUGGUGCUCUUGGUCGUUCUGCGCAGCUUCGAGUUCGAAGCGCUGGGGAUCAACCCGCACAGUAACCAAACUGCCUCGUAUACGACGCUAGAUCUGGUUUAUGGUGAUCUCGUUUAUCAGAAGCAGUCACUUACGGCGAGACCAAAUGGUGGACAGGAUAUGAAAGUGAAAUUCGCGAAGGGGCAUCAGGCGUAUGUCAACGGCAAUUGA